UUUAGCCACAUGUACCAUGAGAAAAUUUUGUAUUGCUCGAGUUUUUGAUUAGCAUGAAUUUAAAUUAAAUAUGUUUAGUUUCAUGGCUAGUUAGCUAGCAUGGAAUCUUUAUGAGCGCUGUUGAGUUUGGAGGGGGAUAUAUUUUCAUGUGACACUCGAUUGAAGACACAUUUCCGUUUCCAGUAAUUUCUACGGGUAGAGUGAAAAGCGGUGGAGAGUAUUCUAGAAAAGAGUAUUUCGAUAGACCAACGGGAACCGGCUGACCGGUGGCAGCAGGCUGGCAUAUCAUUUAAAAAUAAGCGGUUUGUGCAGUCAGUCACUUUAUUUUUGGUGUGAUCAUAGCUAGGUGGUUAGCUACAGACGGUACCGUUUAUUCUGUCUGGUUUUGCCAUUUUACCGGUUUGCACGACCAUGGCUAAGUGGGGAGAAGGAGACCCUCGCUGGAUUGUGGAGGAAAGAGCCGAUGCGACGAAUGUCAACAACUGGCACUGGACGGAGCGUGAUGCCACAAACUGGUCAUCGGAUAAGCUGAAGGAGCUGCUCCUAGGGGUUCGCGUGGAGAGCGAUGAAGGCAGCUGUGAGGUCACGGAGGUCAGCAAGCUGGAGGGGGAGGCCUCCAUCAACAACCGCAAAGGAAAGCUCAUCUUCUUCUACGAGUGGAGCAUCAAAGCCAAAUGGAAAGGAACAUCAAAAAAUGGAGUCAAAUACAAGGGACACAUUGAAGUUCCGAACCUCUCAGAUGAAAACGACAUGGAGGACCUAGAUAUAAGUGUGACGCUUUCUAAAGACGAGCCUGAAACGCCUCUCGUGGCAGUCAUGAAGAAGGAAGGCGCCAGUAAAGUCCGAGCUGCCCUGGGAAGCUACGUGGGUUACCUCAAAACAGAGUUCACUCAAGGCAUGAUCCUGCCCACGGCCAAUGGUGUUAGCAAGCAGCAGCAGCCGUCACAGUCCAAGGCCAAAGUGGACAAAACCCAGAUUAGCUCAGGUAGCUCCGCGCCCCCGCCCAACACUGGGGUGAAGAUUCCCACCUGUAAGUUCAGCCUGAGGGAGACUUUCCUUACCUCACCUGAGGAGCUCUACAGAGUCUUUGUCACCCAGGAGUUGGUGCAGGCGUUUUCACAUGCGGCGGCUGUGGUGGAGGCAGAGAAGGGAGGGAAGUUUCGCAUGCUGGACGGGAAUGUUUCAGGAGAAUUCCUGGAGCUGGUUUCAGAGCAAAAAAUCAUCAUGAAGUGGAGGUAUAAUACCUGGCCCUCUGAACAUUAUGCGACAGUCACCCUGAACUUUUCGGACCGCGGCAAUGAGACAGAACUGCAGCUGGAGUGUAAAGGCGUGCCGGUGAGCGAGGAGGAGAGGACAAAACAGGGCUGGCAGCGAUAUUACUUUGAGGCCAUCAAACAGACUUUUGGUUAUGGAGCACGGCUCUACUGAAGACACACUGUAUUGUAUUCCUGUUGUACAACAUAUGAACUUGAAGCAAAAAAAAUGUAAAAAGGAGAUGUAUUUCUGUCACUAGUUCAUCUGUGUUUAAAUGCUUUUGUUUUUAGCACAGUUAUUCUCUUAGGCCCCAAACAUGAAUAAUCUGUGCCUUUGUGGGUGAAAGAUUGAAUCUUUGGAAAGGUUACUUUGGACAGGUUUUGUGGGUCCAUGGCUGAAGAUUAAGAGAGUUAAACGGAAGCAAAGCUCUGAACCACUGAAUCAUUGUUAAAUUCUGAUUUAUGUAUUUAAAAGGUUAGUAAAAAGGUUAUGCUUGCUUUCAGUCAGUUUUCAUGUGUACACAUUAUUUGUCAUACGUUGCUAUGAAUAAAUGUGAUUUUUACUGAACUACUUUUGUGCUUUUUAAAUGAUGCACCACUGGUUCCUCCUUGGCAUUCUUCUAAGUACUGUUCAUAUUGAUAUUCAAAAUGAUCUCAAGGUUAAAGCUGGGCAUCAAGUCUAAUUUAAAAGACAGUGUUUUGCACUUUGAAUCUUGUCCAAUUUAAAUCAUGUUUAUGUAAUUUGGUUUUCACACCAACAGGACCGUGGCCAUGGGUUCGUUUUGCUUGUAGAAAGCGAAAACUAGAAAUAAAAAAAUGGAAAUUUUAAGUGACUAAUUCUUUAAGUCAGCCAAAUGAAAAUCCGAUUUGUGAUUGUGAACAUGUUUCCUAUGCAGACUACUUACUCUACAUGUAGUGCAGAGGAUUUAGUUAUCUUUUUUCAGUUGACUACAGAAGGUGUACAUUUACGUAUACAUAUAAAGAAAUGAGUAUGGGGUCUUUGAGA